CUGGCCGCGAACACCUUUGGGAUUGUUGACGCCUGGGGCGGCCCUUUCCGCACGACCGUGGGACUGAUUCAGCAAUUCGGCAACCAGAGGGUGCUGGACACCCCACUUUCGGAAGCCGCCUUUGUGGGCGCCGCCAUCGGCGCCUCUUCUACCGGAAUGCGAGCCAUCGCUGAGCUUAUGUUUGUAGACUUCGUGGGCGUGUGCAUGGACCAACUCCUGAACAACGCCGCAAAAAUGCGCUACAUGUUCGGCGGCCAGGUCACAGUGCCCUUCACACUCUUGACCCGUAUCGGCGCCGGCUUCGGCAGCGCCGCCCAACACUCGGAGUCGUACUACUCCAUUUUCAGCCACAUCCCGGGUUUGAAAGGGGUUGCUCCUUCCGAUCCUUACACCGCCAAAGGGCUGCUGAUCUCCGCCAUUCGGGACGACGAUCCGGUGGUGUAUUUCGAACACAAGGGGUUGUACGGAAAUACCGGGCAGGUGCCUGAGGAGCCCUACGAAAUCCCCCUGGGCAAAGCCCGAACCGUUCGGGAAGGGGCUGACAUCACUCUGGUGGGUAUAUCCAGAAUGACCUGGGUCUGCACCGCGGCCGCCGAAGAACUCGCGAAAAGCGGCGUCGAAGCCGAGGUUGUCGACCUGUUGAGCAUCUCCCCCAUAGACUAUGACCACAUUAUCGAAUCGGUCAAAAAAACCCACCGCCUGGUGGUGGUGGACGAAGACACUCCCAUUUUGCAGCCUGGCAUCGGAAAUUUGCGCCCGGGUGGCCGAGGAAGCCUUUGA